AUGGUCCUUUUUGACGAAGAUCCCGUAGAGUUGAUGUCCCAGGCGACCAGCCAAUUUCAUAUUGCGCCCGACAAAGAUGCACUCUCGCGCGUCUCCGACACUUUGGCCACUCUCGAAUCGUCCCGCCAACAACGACUCAAUGCGCAACACACUGCACUGAAGUCCCUUUCGCGGCGGCUGAAUAAUCUCAAGGGCGCCUAUGACUAUGAGGAAGAACGACACGAUGCCGGCAAGCACGCGCAAGACAUGCUUAAAAUGGAUACUGAGAAAUUUCGCAUCGCCAAGGGUGUCAGUGAUGCAGAAAUCGAGAGCGAAAGAUUGAGCGGAGAGCUUGCGGCUCUGAAGCAGCAACUAGACACGCUUGAGAAAGAAGGCGUAGAAGGCGGGAGGAAUAGUGAGAGGCAUAGCGAGGAUGAGACUGUGCUGAAGUUGCAGUUCUAUCGCAGUCUCGGAAUUGAUGCGAGGAAAGACGAGAAGACUGGAGAGUACACAAGAGCAGUGAUCAGAAAUUCGGAAAGAGGAGAUGUGAAUGUGGUGAAUGUAGAUGGAACGUUGCCUAAGGCUUAUUAUGCGGGCAUGUUCUGGGACAGCAUAUGA